UUGUGCGUGAGUUCUGAAAACAGUUUUUUCUCAUGCGCCUGAGAAGCGUUUAGUAUAUUGUGCAUCUGAUAGCUCGUUUGAUGAAGCAAUCAAUGGACUCGAUUUGAUUGGAAUUAUUUUUUACAAUAUUGUGAUUGAGGAAUAGGACAAGAAUGUUCCAAUAAAUCUAAAAUGAUUGCAUAAAUCAGAAAAAAAUCAAUAUGUUUUGGAUUCUUCUAACAGUACUCUUAGCAACUCUAACCUACUACUACCUUAUAAAACCACUUUACGUCUGGAAAGAACGAGGUGUUCCACAGAAAGAUUUGUUCGAAGCAUUUCUCUAUUCUUGGUUUGGUCUGUUAUAUCGCAAGACGUUUGCAGAAAAUUUAAUCGGCCUUUACAGGCGCUUCCCUGGAACCAGAUUUCACGGCUUCUAUGAACUCAAUGUUCCUAUUCUGUUAAUCAAAGAUGUCGAUUUGAUCAAACAAAUGGUGGUAAAGGACUUUGAUUAUUUUAUCGAACAUCGUGUUUUUGCUAGGGAGGAUGUGGAUCCGCUGUGGGCGAAGAAUCUGUUUGCUUUAACAGGUAGUAAAUGGAAAAAGAUGAGAUCCACUCUUAGUCUCUCGUUCACCAGCAGCAAGAUGAAAGGAAUGUUUGUCUUAAUGAAAGCUAUCGCUGAGAGGUUCGCCAACUUUUACCUCAGUCAAAACAAAGAUGUGAUUCCAGUGGAAAUGAAAGAAGUAUCUAGGCGGUAUAGUAACGAUGUGAUAGCUUCCACGAUCUUGGGAUUUGAAGUUGACUCGCUCGCCAAGCCAAACAACGAAUUCUUCAUCAACGGAACGAAUUUAACUUCAUUUGGUAGCGUGAGAGUGUUUUUUAGAUUUCUCUUUAACCUAUUUCUACCAAAUCUCGCGAAGCUUUUCAGCAUUAGAAUCAUCGAACAAACCAUUGGUGAUUUCUUUACGAAUAUUAUUAAAAAUUCUAUUAAAAUGAGAGAAGAAAAAGGAAUAGUGAGACCAGAUAUGAUCCAUUUACUUCUAGAGGCAAGAAAAGGAAGCUCUAAAGUCGAUGAACACCCUACUACAGCUGAUACUGGAUAUGCCACAGUUGAAGAACAUCUUAAAUCUGAAGUAAAAACCGAUAUCACCAACGACGAUAUUGUCGCCCAAGCUCUUGUCUUCUUCUUUGCAGGUUUUGACUCCAGUUCCAACUUAAUGAGCUUUUUAGGUUAUGAACUAUGUGCCAAUCUAGAUAUUCAAGAAACCCUAAGAGAAGAAGUUAAAGCAACUAUGGAAAAUUGUAAUGGAAAAUUAACGUACGAAGCUCUUGUGAACAUGAAGUAUAUGAAUAUGGUAGUGUCAGAAGGCCUAAGAAAAUGGCCAGCUGCUUUCUUGGAAAAACUCUGUAACAAACCGUAUACUAUCGAACCAGUUUUACCUGAAGAAAAACCAGUUCAACUAAAACCAGGAGACAUCGUACAUUUGUCCACCUACUCCAUGCAUCACGAUCCUGAACUGUUUCCAGAUCCAGAAACUUUUGAUCCUGAAAGAUUCAGUGAAGAAAAUAAAGCUAAUAUUAAACCUUAUUCCUAUAUACCGUUCGGACUGGGACCUAGGAAUUGUAUCGGCUCCAGAUUAGCGCUGCUUGAGACAAAAAUAUUAUUUUUCUAUAUUGUGAGAUAUUUUAAAAUAGUUCCGAUCGAAAAAACGGAUAUUCCGAUCAAAUUGGACAAAAGUGUGUUUACGAUUAUACCAAGAAAGGGUAUUAAUGUGGGAUUUGAACGUAUUAAAUCAUAAUUAUAAUAAUUUCAUUUAUGAUGAAUAUUUUGAAAUUAUAGAUUUAUUCGUUAAAAAUGUUAUAUUUAUAUCAUCUUUUAUAAUGUCUAUGACAAAUUUUAUUUACUGAUUAUUUUUUGAUGAUUUUAACUUCCAAUCGUAUAGUAAGAUAUUUGAUCACGUGUUUAAUUCUAUCCAAUCAGAUUAAAAUUAUACUGAGAAGUAUCUACUGUAGAAAAUUACCGAUAGAAUUUUUUAAAGUAGAUUGUUUCUGUUUAAUGGCAACCAGUUUCCUAGUUUUGAUAACUGUCACGUUUAGGAAAAUAUCCAUAAUAUACGUAUUAAAAAAUAAUCUUACGAAUAUCACACGACAGUAAGAAUAAAUAAGAAAAGAAUGCUUCAUUUUUACUCAAAUUUGUUGUCAUUGGGCAAUAGCCACUCGAAGCCCUGUGGGCUCUCGUGUCUAUUGCCAGACAACAAAUUUUAGAAAAACUGUCGCAUUAUUUUCAAUUUAUUCUCACUCUCUUGUGAUAUUAUACCCGAUAAUAUAUUGUAAGUACUGUAUAUUUACAGAUAUAUUUUUAGGAUGUUAUUAUUGUUUGUAAUAAAAUAUUUUUAGAAAAA